AUGAAACUGCUGGCUGCAUUCGGCCUUUUGGCCAUCGCCCUCGCUGCGUCCUCCCGUCAAUGGGAAGAACGGUCGUUCAACAAGGGAAACACCUACGAGUUCGAGUGGAAGGGACAGAUCGUCUCGGGCGUGCCCGUGAAAGGAUCCUCGUCUCAUUCCCUUCAACAAAUCCACUCAAAAGUCUUGAUCACUGUCAACGAGAAACACUCGAUCCUCCGUCUCGACAAUGUCAAGCUUACCAAUGGCCACAAGCAGCUCACCGAGCCACGCAUCAUCUCUGAGGUGUCGCUCGACGAGUCGCAAUUGACCUCCGAGCAACGCGAGCAAAUCAAGCUUCCAAUCCGCUUCCGUUACCACCAAGGAAUCAUCUCUGAGAUCGUCUUCUCGGAGGAGGAAUCCGCCUGGUCGGAGAACAUCAAGCGCUCCAUUCUCAACAUGCUCCAAGUUCAAAUGAGCCCACGCAAGACCCAAGAGGAGUACAACACCAAGACCGUCUCCAACAACAAGUUCUUCACCGUCACCGAGCGCACCCUCGAGGGUGAGUGCGAGGUCGCCUACACGAUCGUCGAAUCGGAGAAGAACCGCGAGGAGAAAGAGAUCACCAAGUCGCUCAACUUCGAGAAAUGCCCCAAGCGUAUCGAUAUCCGCUAUGGACCCCGUUACUCUGCUGAGUGCUCCAUGUGUGAGGCCACCGAUGCUCGCCCCGAAUCUCAAACUGUCAUCAACUACAAGGUUCGCGGAGAGGAUGAGGAGCGUUUCCUUAUCACCGAGGUCGAGCUCAAGUCCGAGUACGUCUUCACCCCCCUUCUCGAAGGAUCAAGAGAUGCUCGCCACCUACGUCCACCAAAAGAUGCGCCUUGUCAACAUCAAAAGGUCAUCUAUGAUCGCCGUCAACCACUCGUUGUCCGCCAAUCCGCCGUUGACGCUCUUCGCAUGCUCCGCGACCAGAUGCCCCGCAAGGAGGAACUCAUGGAGAAGAUUGUCCGCUCUGAUUCGUCGAUCUCUUCAUCCGAGAUGAUCCGCAAGAUCGCCAAGGGAUUCCGUUUCGAGGGAGUUCUCUCUGGAUACGUCUACGAGCACGUCCGCAUCGUCCCAACCACCCUUGGACUCCCACUCCAGGUCACCUCCAAGCUCCCAACCGUCGCCCACAUCAAGGCCCACAUCAAGGCCGAGAUCUCCCCGAAGAUGUCUCUCCGUGUCGAGAUGGAGCCCUCAUUCGUCUCCACCCAUGUCACCGAAAUGACCGUCUUCUCCCCCGAGAUGCACAUCGGAUCUCGUGUCUUCCACUCGAUCCAAUCAACUCUUCCAAUCCACGGACAAGUCGAGUACAACGAUGAGAAACAACAACUCAAGGCUGUCCUCCGUCUUCCCAAGGAGGAGAAACGUGUUCUCCUCGUCGAGUCUCGCCCAACCACCUUCGUCCGCUCAUUCAACAACAAGCAAGUGCCAGUUCUUGAGGAGAAGACCAUCCGUAUUCCAUCAUUCGAGAAGACCUCCGUCCACUACGAGCAAUCCUACGGAGAGGAGCACUUCGGUCUCCGCACUGAGGUCAUCGGAUCCGUCCACCGCCACGUCUUCGACAAGAAGUCCCCCGAGUCGAUCCUCUUCGGAGAGAACCACGUCCAGGUUGUCCUUGUCCCCACCGCCGAGUCCGUGAAGGAGAUCGUCCUCGAGGUUGAGCCCAAGUACACCAAGAUGGCCUCAUCCGAGUACGAGUCACCCCGCUACGAUGAGACCUUCACUGAGAAGGAGUUCGUGCUUGCUAAGGAUUGCUCUCAAGAGCCCGAGUACGCUGUGAUGAUGAAGAAAAUGGAGAAGGACUCUGAGGAGAAGAAGAUCAAGAUUGUGACUCAAGAGAAGGAAAUCGAGUGCGAGUUGAAACAAGAGAAGAUCGUUUGCAACGUUGAUGGACGCCGUGUCGAGGACGAGGAGGCUCUCUACGAUAUGGGAAUCAAGCUUAUCGGAGAAUCAUCAUGCGAGAUCACCAUCCCAAAGAUGACCAUCCGUUUCGAUGGAUACAAGGUCGAGAUCAAGGCUGACAAGCGCACCGAGAACACCCAAUGCGGACUUUGCGGACAUUUCGAUGGACGCCGCGACAACGAGUUCCGCCGUGCCGAUAACGAGGAGACUGAGGACAUCGAGGAAUUCCACCGCUCGUGGCUUCGCCGUGACAACGAAUGCGAGGUCGAGGAGUCGAAAUUGAAGGAGAAGAAGAACUACGGAGUUGAGUCUGAUGAGGAGGAACGCUACGAUUCCGAGGAAUCUUUCUGGAACCCCCGUGAGGAUUUCGAGGAGGAGAACAUGGGAGAGAAGCGAUCACGCAAAAUGCUCAAGAAGAACCUCAAGAAGCACAUCAGCCGCAAGAACAUCCGCGACGAGGAGGAGAACACCUACGAGCCCGAAAACGAGAUCGUGAUGGUUGAGCGUGAGGGAAAGACUUGCUUCUCGAUGGAGGAACAACCCAAGUGCCAGCCAGGAGAUGAGCUCAUUGAGACCGAGAACCGCAAGGUGAAAUUGGCUUGCCUUCCACGCUCGGAUCGCAGCACUCGCCGCAUUGUGAACGGCCUUAAGCGUGGAGAGGAGUCGAUCAUGGAGGAGAUCCGUUCCCUUUCAAUGUCUCUCACCGAGCGCAUCGAGUUGCCCAAACUUUGCCCCCUUUCCCAUCAACUCGAGGAAGGCUCUGGUGGUGAGGAUCCCUGUCUAUGCUUCAAAUAUUCUCUAAAAUUCACGAACCUCUCCGAUGAAUACACUUUCAAGAUCCCGGAUGGUCAAUGUGAUUUGCAUUGUCAAAUGAUUGUGAAAAACUCUCUGAAAGAAGAAGAGAAUAAAACGAUUGGAUAUCAGAUUUCAUUCAAAUUGGAGGGCGCAAAACGAGCGAUUUUACCGUGCACCCAACUGAACAUUCGACCCGUUGGCGGACAAAGGAUUAAAGUCGUUGUCGUCGAUCCGCGGGCUCCAAUCGAUGUUCCUUUCAACCAGUUUACUUUGGUGCACAAAUGGAUGAACGAGGGGUAUCAAUGGGAGAAACAUGAGCAUGAUGAAGACGAUUAUGACAUGUGGAUCACGAUUAAGCCGAAAUAUUUCGAGAAGCAA